CCUCCCUCCCUCCCUCCCUCUCUUCAAGAUAAGGCACCCUUUCCCAUCUUCCACAAACGCCCAUCACUUCUCUCACUCAGUCACUCAGUCACUAUGCUUUCUCCAACUCUAAACACCCAUAAGCCUCUCUUUCUUUCAAGCUCUAACAACAAACCCUUUUCCUCUCCUUUCCUUAGCCAACAACCUCUCUUUAUCCUUCAUUUAUCAAAAACCCCUUUUAAACCCACCAAAACGCUAUCAGUUUCAGCCACUCGUAUCCCCUCUUCUCCACCUCCUUAUCAACAACUCUACCAACCCUUUAGACCUCCACCUUCUCCUAUCCCUUCUCAAUACAAGUCUCUUGAUGCCCCUUCUCGUCUCGAAAUCCUCUCUAAUCGUCUUGGCCUUUGGUACGAGUAUGCCCCUUUAAUCCCUUCUUUAUUCCAAGAAGGUUUUACUCCACCAUCAAUAGAAGAAGCCACUGGUAUUUCUGGGGUUGAGCAAAACCGUUUAGUUGUUGGAGCUCAAGUGAGGGAUUCUUUAGUUCAGUCUAACACUGACCCAGAAAUUGUUGCUUCAUUUGACCUUGGUGGUGCGGAGUUAUUGUAUGAAAUUCGUCUCCUUAGUGCCACGCAGCGGUCUGCAGCUGCCCGCUUUAUCGUCGUUAAUAAGAUGGACACUAAGGGUGCUCAAGAUUUGGCCCGCGCCAUGAAGGAUUUUCCUCGUAGGCGCGGGGAUAAGUUCUGGGAGAGCUUUGAUUACGUUCUCCCAGGAGACUGCCUGUCGUUUAUGUACUACAGGCAGUCUAGAGAGCAUAAGAAUCCGUCAGAGUCGCGGACUAAUGCUCUACAGAUGGCAUUAGAGGUUGCAGAGUCUGAAAAAGCGAAAAGUGCGAUUUUGAAGGAGUUAGAAGGAGGGGGAGAAAGGAAAGAGAGGGCAGAAGGAGAAACAGCAGAUGGGGUUCGGGUUCCGGUUGUUAGGUUGAAGAUUGGUGAGGUUGCGGAGGCGACUAGUGUUGUGGUUUUACCGGUUUGUAGAUCAGAGGACGGGGAAAGAAAAAUUGUGGAAGCACCGUGGGAGUGUAAGGGCCAGGGUGAGUUUGGUGUGGUGGUGGCAGAGAAAGCGUGGGAAAGGUGGGUGGUGUUGCCAGGGUGGGAACCGGUACUUGGGUUGGGUAGAGGGGGAGUGGCGGUGGCUUUUCCAGAUGCAAGGGUAUUACCAUGGAAGGCAAAUAGGUGGUAUAAAGAGGAGUCUAUUUUGGUGGUUGCUGAUAGGGGGAGCAAGGAAGUGAAAGCAGAUGACGGGUUUUAUUUGGUUACUCUUGACGGCGCCGGUGGUGAUUUCAAGGUUGAAAGGGGUUCGGCGUUGAAGGAAAGGAAUGUGGUGGAAUGUUUAGGGACUGUGUUGUUGGUGGUUAGGCCACCAAGGUACGAGACCGAUGAUCAAUUGAGUGAUGAGGACUGGGAGUGAAAUCAUAGUGAGUUAGCAACUCUAUUUUACUCUUGAUUACAUGGAGAUUAAUACACAGUGUUGUAUGAUGCUAGUAAUGCUUAAGACUUGAACUUGGGAUUGAUAUGGGCAUCAAUGCCCUGUAUCAGGUUACUGCAAUCCUUUCUAUUAUCAAAACUAGCAAGCUGCCUUAAUACUCUGCUGUGUUAUUUGUUAGGAGGCAACGUAAUUUUUGUAUUAUUUGUAAUUUAUGAUACAUAAUAAUUUAAGAUUCCAUUAAUCAUUCUCCUUUUA